GAGUAGUAAUUUUCCCCACUGACGUCAUUCUCACUGUAGCAGCUCGGCGUGGUGGAUAGAAAUAAAGUGCUGAAAAUAUUAUAAAAUUCAUAAUCAUGUCUUACAGAGAUAGAAUGACAGGGUCGACUGGCAGAUCUGAUAGAAAACCGCUGGGGUUAGGUUCACAUGGUUUACCAUCAUCUUUUGGUGGAUCAAGAGGUGGAAGAGAUGAUCGGUUUGGCGGAGGUCGUGGUGGAUUUGGGGGUGGGCGAGGUGGUGGUGGAUUUGGUGGACGAAAAGAAAAGGGUUCACAGCCAGGUUCAACACUGAGAAAACCAAAGUGGGAUAUGGAUAGACUACAAAAGUUUGAAAAGAAUUUUUAUGUUGAGCAUCCAAGAGUAACAAAUAGAUCACCUGCUGAAAUACAGGCCUAUUGUAGUGCCAACCAAAUUACUUCCACUGGACAUAAUGUUGCAAAACCAAUAUUAAGCUUUGAUGAAGCCUGUUUUCCAGAAUAUGUGAUGACCUGUAUACGUUCCCAGUCUUGGACACAGCCCACACCUAUACAAGCUGUUGGCUGGCCUAUAGCUCUCUCUGGUAGAGAUGUUGUAGGAAUUGCACAGACUGGUUCAGGCAAAACUGCUGCUUUUAUUUUGCCAUCAAUUGUACAUAUCAAUCAUCAACCAUACCUUGAGAGAGGUGAUGGUCCUAUAGCCCUAGUCCUUGUACCAACAAGAGAAUUGGCACAACAGGUACAAGAAAUCUGUUCAGAGUUUGGCUCUACAUCCAGUAUACGAAAUUGCUGUGUUUAUGGUGGUGCACCAAAGGGACCACAGAUUAGAGAUCUUGAAAGAGGUGCUGAAAUUUGUAUAGCCACACCAGGUAGACUUAUAGAUUUCCUGGAAACUGGAAAGACCAAUCUCAGACGCACAACAUAUCUAGUCUUAGAUGAGGCAGAUCGUAUGUUAGAUAUGGGUUUUGAACCCCAGAUCAGAAAGAUUGUAGAACAAGUCAGGCCUGACAGACAAACUUUGAUGUGGAGUGCUACUUGGCCAAAAGAAGUUAGACAGUUGGCAGAAGAAUUUUUAACAGAUUAUGUACAGAUGAAUAUUGGGGCUCUACAGAUUCAUGCUAACCAUAACAUUCUUCAAAUAAUUGAUGUUUGUCAGGAAGCAGAGAAAGAUAUGAAGUUAAUGAAGUUACUGGAAGAAAUCAUGCAGGAAAAAGAAAACAAGACCCUUAUGUUUGUAGAGACCAAGCGCAAAGCUGAUGAAUUACAACGCAGAAUGAAAAGAGAUGGGUGGCCAGUAUUGUGUAUUCAUGGUGAUAAAUCUCAGCCAGAACGAGACUGGGUUUUAAGUGAAUUCAAAAACAGUCGAGUACCGCUUCUGAUAGCUACAGACGUUGCUUCCCGUGGACUAGAUGUGGAAGACAUAAAAUUUGUGAUCAACUUUGACUACCCCAACUCAUCAGAAGACUAUGUACACAGAAUAGGUCGUACAGGUAGAAGUUCUCACACAGGAACAGCUUACACAUUCUUCACUCCAGGCAAUAUAAAACAAGCAAAAGAUCUUAUUGAUGUUUUACAAGAGGCUAAACAGGUUGUCAACCCAAAAUUACUACAACUAGCAGAAAGUUCUAGAGGAUUUGGCAGAGGUCGUUAUCGUGGAGGCGGUGGAGGAUAUGGUGGUGGAUCAAGAUUCGGCGGUGGAUCAAGGUUUGGUGGUGGAUCAGGAGGUAGAGGGGGCUCCCGCUUUGACUCUGGUGGUCGUGGGGGAUUUGGUAACCGUGACAGUGAACAGAAAGGUUUUGGAAAUACAACAAAAGGAUUUGGUAAUACAACUGGUAGAGGUGGAGCCACAGGAACUGGAAUGGCUGGAAGUCGUGGUGCAGGAAGAGGCGGGUUCUCAAGUAAUCAGAAUGGAACAAUGAAUGGAUUUGGUGCACAACAACAAAACAGUUAUGGUAAUGGGGGUGCUGGCUAUGGUCAACAGCAGUCAUAUAAUGGCUGGAAUUCAAUGCAAAAAUAAAUGACAAAGAAUCUCACUAGACAUAAGACUUAAUCAUGACCUGCAUUGUGUUUGGACUAAAUUAUGAUAGUGCAGAGUAUUUAAAAAGUCAAAAUAUUGAGUUUUAAUUUCAUUAAAACAUCCGAGGGAAAGAAGCAGCUCCGAGGUAUAAAUAUGUGUCAUCUUUUACAGAUUUAUUUUGUUGGCAGGACUAAACUCGUGUUUUUUCUUUAAGUAGCAAUGAUGCUGUUUCUAAUUGCAAUAGUAUGAUGUGAUUAGUUUGAAAGGUGAUAGUAAGUAGCACAUUGAUAUUUAUUUCAUUGUUAAAAGCAUUUUCUGUUGUUUCAUUUUAUCAUUAUUUUAUGUUCCAUUAAAAUAUUCUUAAUACCAUUUUAUUGUAAAUAUAUUAUUUGUCUUACUUUUGUUCAUCAUGAUCAGUACCUGUGCUUGUAAGUUACAGUGAAAUUUAAAUAUUUUGUCAUCAUUGGACCAAUGUUGUACUGCCGCCUGUUUGUUGUAUAUUUUAAUAAUUCUUUAGACUAAAAAUAAUAAAGAUGUUGAAAUUA